AAAAAACUUCCUUCUAGCCUGCAGGAAGAGAAUUGUCUUGGUAAUAAUCAUCAAGAAAACUCUGGGUAAAAAAUAACAUUGUCCAAAAGUACAAAGCACUAAAGAGAAUUUCACAAAAUACAUGGGCGCAAUUGGUAAAUAACCAGCAGCGCGACUAAAAUGCUUUUUGGUAGCAGGUUUGAAACUUGUAUUUGAUUAAAGAGGCAGCGGCAAUUCUAAGAGAGAGAGAGAGAGAGGAGAGAAGAAAAAAAGAAGAGAGAGAGAUGGAUCACUAGCGAUAUAAACGUUCCUAAAGACGGCGUCUUUGGUGCAGUGAUUUUAGGGUUUGGUUUUGGAAAACAGUUUCUUGAUUGGAGGUGAUGAUGUCCAAAGUUGAAGUGAGGAAGAAGAUUGGAGAGGAUUCAGGGAAUGCAAAGUUGUUAAGGGAGAUUGAAACCAUAAGUAAAGCUCUAUACCUAGACAAAAGCAAUUCAAGGCCCUCAAUUUCUGCUCCUAAUAAUCGAUCAAAACCAACUGGGAAAUCCCAAUUGCUCGAUCCUAAAUCAAAGUUAAAGUAUGGCAAUGAAGAAUCAUCAAACAAGGAUAAGAAGUCUAUCUGGAACUGGAAGCCAUUGAAAGCCCUUUCAAAUGUUAGGAGCCGAAAAUUCAACUGUUGUUUCUCUGUCCAAGUCCACACCAUUGAAGGAUUCCCCCCGAGUUUUGAAAAUCUUAGCAUUUGUGUGCACUGGAAGAGGCGUGAUGGAGAGCUGGUUACGCAUCCUGUGAAGGUCUGUGAGGGUAUUGCUGAGAUUGAGGAGAAGUUAACACAUACAUGCAUGGUCUAUGGGAGUAGGAGUGGACCUCAUCACUCAGCCAAGUAUGAAGCAAAACAUUUCUUGCUCUUUGUAUCAGUAAUUGGUGUCCGGGAUCUUGAUUUGGGAAAGCAUAGGGUUGAUCUGACAAGGUUGCUUCCUCUUACAUUGGAGGAAUUGGAGGAGGAGAAGAGCUCAGGAAAGUGGACUACAAGUUAUAAGUUGUCAGGAGAAGCAAAGGGUGGCAUUUUACAUGUUAGUUUUGGGUAUAUAGUGGUUGGAGAUAGUCCCAUUCCACUUGGAAAUAACCAGAAAGUUCCUGAGCAAUUUAAUUUGAAGAGCACUACUUCGAGGACAUUGAAACCAGUUCCUAAAUUUGAUCAGGGUGAUGGGAAGAGUUCAAUCCAUCGCAUUGGAAGUCUUCCUGGUGCAUUGAACCAGCAGCGUCAUGCCUCAUCCAGAUCUUUAGAAGACGUAAAAGAUCUUCAUGAGGUGUUGCCAACAUCAAGGUCAGAACUUGCCAGUCUAGCGAUCAUACCAUCACUGAAAUAUGAUGAAGAUAAGUUGAACUUGUCAUUGGAUUAUAAGCCUGAACUUGAUGUGUUCACUGAACAUCUCGAUUCCAUUAAAUCAAAUAUCUGCCCUGUUUCUAAUUCCAGCCAUGAAAAUGUUGAAAAUGAGAGGGAAGGUGGUGAAUUUUCUGUGAUUGAACAGGGGUUCGAAUGGUCACAGGAAGAACUGGAGAAACCCAUGGAAGUUGCUGCAAAGACUGCUGAUCUUUCCUUAUUAGAAGAUAAAAUUAAUGGUUGUUAUGAGAUAGGUUCUGAAGAGGAUGAUAAGCUUCACCACCAGCAUGUUGGGGAUGGUAGUCAUAAAGAGGAUCUUAUAGUGCCUGAUUGCAAAUUUAAGGAAGAUGAGAUAUGCACAAAAGACUCCGUCAUGCAAGAAUUGGAAGUUGCAUUGAGUAAUGUGACAAAUUUGGAAACUGAAGCAUUUGAUUCUCCUGAGGAAGAAAAUGACAUGGAAGUUAAAACUGAUUAUAAAACAAACAGGGAACAAACAUCACUCAGCUUGGAUGAUGUUACAGAAUCUGUUGCAAAUGAUUUUCUGGAUAUGCUAGGGAUUGAGCAUAGUCCAUUUGGUUUGAGCUCAGAGAGUGAACCUGAGUCCCCUAGGGAGCGCUUGCUAAGACAGUUUGAGAAAGAUGCAUUAGCUGGGGGUUAUUCACUGUUUGAUUUUGGUAUCGGCAGUGAGGACCAAAUAGACUCUGACUACAACACUUCAACUGUGUCUCAGUGGGGAAACUUCUCUGAGGACUUUGAAUUUGCAUCAGCUACCCAAGCUGCUGAGAAGGAGCAUCAGAUGGAAACUUGGGCAGAGAGCGGCAAGACAAGGGCCAAAAUGUUGGAAGACUUAGAGACAGAAGCUUUAAUGCGUGAGUGGGGAUUGAAUGAUGAGGCUUUUUAUUGCUCUCCACCUAAGAGCUCAGGUAGCUUUGGGAGUCCAAUUGAUUUGCCUCCUGAAGAGCUACUUGAAUUGCCUCCUCUUGGAGAAGGAUUAGGUCCAUGUCUGCAGACAACAAAUGGUGGAUUUUUGCGAUCUAUGAGUCCUUCACUGUUCAAGAAUGCGAAAAAUGGGGGGAGCUUGAUCAUGCAAGUUUCUAGUCCUGUUGUGGUACCUGCAGAAAUGGGUUCUGGCAUAACGGAUAUACUGCAACAGUUGGCUUCUGUUGGGAUUGAAAAGCUUUCUAUGCAGGCAAAUAAGCUAAUGCCUCUGGAAGAUAUCACUGGGAAAACAAUGCAACAAGUAGCAUGGGAAGCUGCCGACUCAAUGGAGGGACCUGAGAGGCAAAUUUUGUUGCAGCAUGAUGUGGAGAUUCGGCAACAUGUAUCCGGUGGGCAAAAGAAUCAGGAGGAGAGAUCAACCGCUCCCAGAUUUAACAAGUUCAAGUCACAGACAGUAGAGAAUGAGAUGGGCUCAGAAUAUGUAUCUUUAGAAGAUCUUGCUCCUUUGGCUAUGGAUAAGAUUGAGGCACUCUCAAUUGAGGGAUUGAGAAUACAAUCUGGCAUAUCAGACGAGGAUGCACCCUCAAACAUCAGUGCACAGUCUAUUGGGGAAAUAUCAGCCUUCCAGGGAAAGGGUAUCAAUGUCAAUGGGUCCCUGGAUUUGGAGGGAGCUGCUGGAUUGCAACUGUUGGAUAUAAAGGACAAUGGUGAUGAUAUUGAUGGUUUAAUGGGUCUGUCAUUGACUCUCGAUGAAUGGAUGAGGCUGGACUCCGGGGACGUAGGUGAUGAGGAUCAAAUCAGUGAGCGGACUUCUAGGAUACUUGCUGCUCAUCAUGCUAGCUCCUUGGAUGUGAUUCACGGGAGUUCAAAGGGGGAGAGAAAACGUGGCAAAGGAUCUGGUAGAAAAUGUGGUUUACUGGGGAAUAACUUUACUGUUGCAUUAAUGGUGCAACUUCGUGAUCCUCUGAGAAACUAUGAACCAGUUGGCCCACCAAUGCUUGCUCUCAUUCAAGUGGAACGGGUGUUUGUCCCCCCAAAGCCUAAAAUAUACUGUAAGGUUUCUGAGGUAAGAUUUGAAAAUGAUACUGAUGAUGAGUCCGAAUCUGUGGUGAAGGAAAAGGUGGGCGAGAAAAUUGAAGUAAAAGCAUCUGAAGAAGGAAUUCCUCAGUUCUGCAUUACUGAAGUACAGGUUGCUGGCCUCAAGACGGAGUCUGGAAAGAAGCUUUGGGGUACCACAACACAGCAACAGUCUGGUUCUCGUUGGCUGCUUGCUAAUGGAAUGGGAAAGAACAGCAAGCAACCCUUUAUGAAGUCAAAGACUGCUGCUAAUAAACCUGCAACCUCUUUAACAACAAAAGUACAGCGUGGUGAUGCAUUAUGGAGCAUUUCAUCUCGUAUGCGGGCCAAAUAAGAAGAAAUUUUUUGCAUUCAAUCCACAUAUACAUAGUCCUAAUUGAAAGGGUUUCUUCAGCAUGUUAUUGGGAAAGGGUGGAACUCUCAUUGUAAUACUUCACAGAACUCGAGGAACUUGUUCGAAACUUAGAUGUGAACAGUAAAUGGGUUGCUGAUUGAUGGCACACAGCAGGCAGGAUGGUCCUUAGACCUCACGAGGUUUAUGAAUUCUGCUCGAGUUCUUGUAUUUACUUCUGAUACAGCCUUCCAAUUUUCUUGCUCACGCAACACAAGUUGAAUUAAAAUGACGGAUUUGUUGUAUCAAUUCCUCCUGUAAAUUUAAUGUUCGUAAUCAUCCCUGUGCAUUGUAAUUUAUGACCCAUGUCCGCGAUGCUAUUAUUGCUACAUAUUUGCCAGCAAUGGUCUUUGUUGAACAAACUAUUUAAAGUGCUUUGCUCAAUUCGUUUGUUUUAUUCUGGAAGCAAAGAAAAGGAGUGAUGGUUUCUGUUC